AUGAAGAACUUUGGAGAAUAUCAUGAUCUUUAUCUUGAAACUAAUAUACUUUUACUUACAGAUAUUUUUAUGAAUUAUACCAUAAUGUAUCUCAAAGAUAAUAGUUUAGAUUCAUCUUACUAUAUCUCUGCACCUGGAAUGUUUAAUAAUUCUCUAUACAAAAGUAGCGAAGUGGAACUUAAGCUCAUAACAGAUAAGGAUAAUUAUCUGAUAGUUGAAGAUGAAAUCUGUGCAAUAACUCAAUAUAUACCUACAGAAAUCCUAGAUAAGGUAAGUCUAGAGAAAGUAUCUGAUAUCCAAAGUAUUGCACCAGAUGCAGAAAUAGACUAUAUACUUGAAGUUGAUUUAGAAGUUCUAGUACACUUGUAUGAUUACUUUGCAGAUUAUUCUUUAGCACCAGAAAAGCAGAUAAUAUCAGAAAACUGGCUUAGUCUAUAUAAUGAAAUUUCAUUACCGAGCUCUCCAGACAUAUAUGAAGCUUGGAAUAAAGGUUACAAAGAUUCAUAG